AACAAAUAGUUCAUGAUAUUAUAUAUUAUGUAUAAAUAUAUAUUUUUUUCACUUUUACCAUCACAAACCAAUUUGUGAUAUCGAUGUACUGUGAUGCCAAUUAAUCAUGGUGGCUCUAGGCAUGAUGGCAUGCAUGACCUUCACGUUAUUUUGGGGUAAAAAUCCAUUUUCCGCUACAAUGACGCCCAGAGGUCGAUGUGAAGGUUGUUGUCCAAUAAACGAAAAAGAGGACAUCGCAUUUUUUUCAUAUUCGAGGAACAACCCUUUUCAUCCGAAACGCAUAUAUAUUGGUGACGAUGUUUCCCUACGCAGAGCCAAUAUGAUACAAAAUUUGACAACUGUGAUCUAUGUUCACGGGUUUACAGAGCAAGGAAAUUCUAAGGGUGCGGAGACCAUAAAAAAAGCAUAUUUACAUCGAGGAAAUGUGAAUAUUAUAAUAGUGGAUUGGAGUCCUAUGUGCGCAUUUCCGUGGUAUAGUCACGCAGUACUUAAUACGCGUAUAGCCGCUAAAUAUUUGGCUAAGUUCAUAGAAUAUUUAGUGUCAAGAAGAUUCUAUCUAUCCAAAAUACAUUUAAUUGGAUUUAGUCUAGGUGCUGAAAUAGCUGGGUUUACUGGCAAAAAUCUUAAAAUCGGAAAACUUCCAAGAAUCACAGGACUCGACCCGGCUUUUCCACUAUACAUGUGGACGGGAAAUAUGGGACAUCUGACGCCUUCGGACGCUGAGUUCGUGGAUGUGAUACACACUGAUGGCGGUGUGUUCGGAUUUCCAGUGGCAUUAGGUCACGCUGACUUUUUCCCGAACGGAGGUUUCCCAUUGCAGCCCGGGUGCAGCCUUCGGGAACUGGCGCAAGCUAACCUUAUAACCAGAAUAAUGGCUUGCAGUCAUGACAGAGCGUGGGAGUAUUUCGCUGAAUCUGUCAUCAAUCCCACUGGAUUUCCUUCUUUGCGAUGUUUAAACUACGAAUCAUUUACUAAUGGCUCGUGUUUCAGAGACUUCGCAUACUCCAAAGAACAAAAAGUCCAAUACAUGGGAUUAGCAGUCAACAAACAGAUUAGAGGUCAAUUCUAUUUGGCUACCAAACCAAAAGCACCGUUUGCAUAUAAUAAAAUAUAUAAACCUUAACACAGUAUUUAUAGAACUUUUUAUUUGUUUAAGGAUUAAACUUGUUUCCUACUUUGUAUAAAAAUAUGUUCUUUGGAUAAAUUUGAUUAAAUGAGGCACUGUAUUAAUAAAAUAGUACAUAGUGUAGUAAACAGUUAACUUGGCAAUCACAUGCUACAUAUAAAAUAUAGGAAACUUGUAGAAAGUUUUAAAAUAUCAUCCUACGUAAAUGUGUUGUUAUACGAGCAGUAGUAUGAAAUAAAUUUAAAACGUUGUCUAAACACCCAUCGUAUAUACACUAAGUUUUAAAAAACUAUUCACAUGUAUUCGAUUUCUUACACGUUUUAAUAAGUAAGGUAUAUAUGUGCACAUUUCGUAGUAGCUAUUUUGUAUUCGGAGAAAUAUUCAUCUUUAGGAUCUUUUGGUUUCUGAAUAUUCAUUUAGAAUUUACUGAUAACAAAAAUAAAAAUAUAACGAAUACUGUAAUAGGUAUACCACUCA